GAGAUAUUUGAUGUGUUAAUGUAUGCACGCCCCCUGUGCGCUGAUUGGACGCGGGUGGCUGUAGCCCCGCCCCCCGUCGCGUUCCAUGGCAGGCGAAUCUCACACACGCUCGCGUGAAUUACAGAAACACACACGCGUGCAGUGAUCUCCGCGGAUCUGAUGGAGGAUGGAUGUGAAGGACUGUGGCGGAGUGAUUCUGACCGCGUUUCAUUCAUUCAGGAUUCAGUCAGAUGAGCAGAAACACGCAACAGACAACAGGAAAGCGCAGUACCGGAGGAUAGGCAGCAUGAGUUUGCCCGGCGCCGUGUCUCCGUCCUCUCCGGAGCGCUCCGUCUCCCGUGACUCCAUGGAGGACUACUGGAGCGAGAUGAAGAACAUCCAGGAGGACUGUCAGGAACGACACGAGGAGCUGACGGAGCGGGCCAGUGCGGACGAGGCGGAGCUUGAGGAGGCGUGGCUCCAGGAGGCGGGUCUCUCCACGCUGGUGACGGGCACUCAGAGCGACGGGCCGGCCGAGGCUCUUCUCUCCACGCUCACGCGCUCGCAGACCGCCAUGGUGAAGAAGCGCCUGGACAACUACACGCAGACGCUGCGCAAGAGGAACAGACAGCCCAUGAGACACGUGCGAGACGUGUUCUCCAUGCCAGAUGCGUCGUCAGAACUGACGCCUCCCAUUUCUCCAAACGGACAGAUCGCUCCCAAACUGCCCCAGUGGAAUCCUCCUAAAGUCUCUCCGCCGUGUCCCGUCUUCACUCCGGCGGACAGUAACGGCUCCAGCAGCGGUUCGGAGACCAUCGUAUUAUCGCUCGACGUGCCGUAUUCAGAAGCAGCACGAGCUCAUCGGAAAGGCCGCGAAUGCCAAGACUGCAGGAGGAUCCGUAAAGACGACAGGGAUUUACCGAGUUUCCAGAUAGUGAAGCCCAGACAGGGCGUGACGCGAGUGAACGAUCUGUCGUCUGAGGACAUCAGGAAGAUCGGCUACAUCUCUCUGAUCGAGCUGACCACCUUCUACGACACCCUGGGCAUCGAGAUGAAGAGGAACCGUGUGGUGCGCAGCAGAGCGAAGAGCGGGAUAUUCGGCGUUCCUCUCGCUACGCUGCUGGAGAACGACCAGAAGAAAUACCCCGGCUCUAGAGUUCCUCUGGUCUUCAGGAAGUUGUUGUCUAAACUGGAGCAGACGGGGUUACAGACGGAGGGAAUCCUCAGGGUUCCGGGAUCAGCAUCCAGAGUGAAGCAUCUGCGUCAGGAGCUGGAGCUGAAGUUCUACGAGGAUCGCUUCGACUGGGAUCAGGUGCGUCAGAACGACGCGGCGGGUUUGUUGAAGAUGUUCAUCCGCGAGCUGCCGUAUCCUCUGCUGACCCAACAGCACCUGCCGGCGUUCACGGCCGCUCACUGUAUCUCAUCGCCCAAACAUCAGAUCCAGGCUCUUCAUCUGCUCAUCAUGCUGCUUCCUGAAGCCAACAGAGACACGCUGAAGGCUCUUCUGGAGUUCCUGCGAAAGGUGGUGGCGUACGAGGACAAGAACCGCAUGAGCCUGUGGAACGUCUCCAUGAUCGUCGCGCCCAAUCUCUUCACCUUCCGCGGGAAGAACGCCAAACAGGAGGAGAUGCAGGGCGCCGUCGCUGCCGCCCAGCUCGUGCGUCUCCUCAUUACCCAUCAGGACCUGCUGUGGACAGUCCCGUGUUUCCUGAUCUCACAUGUCAGAAAAAUGAACGAGGCCGCCAUGGGCAAGAAAACGCCGACCUCAGAGAAAAGCAAAUGCAGACUUCUGAAGAGAUGGAACGUGGAGAAGGACCGAGACCGCAGCGAAGUCACUGACCUUCGUGAAGGUGUCAUCAGAGUUCACGCGCCGCUUCAAGCCAAGGUUUCCAUGGCGAUUCAGCUGAACGGCGAGAUGAAGGCCAGAGACAUCAUGGCGCGCUUCGAUAUCGAGAACGGGCGCGGGUCGCGCAGCGCCAGUCGCCGCCAGAGACAGUUUCUGUUCGAGGUGGGAGGAAACAUCGGCGAGCGCUGCCUGGAUCCAGACGCACAUUUAAUGGACGUUUACCGAGCUAACCCUCACUGCGAAUGGGUCUUAAAGUCACGGCUGACCUGAGACCAGCCGGACACACGUGUGUUUACUGCAGAGACCGUCAGCUGCUGACGGAGGUCAAGGGUCAAACGCUGACGUUGACCUUUGUGGCGCGCUUCAAUGCUGGUCAUUGAGUUUGCUUGGUGCCAAAACUGUGACCGUCCCGGUGUGUGUGGAAGCAUGUUUCAUCAUACCACUCGAGAGUGUAAAAAAGAGCAUGUACAUAAAGUAUUUAUACCACUAAUUUAUCCUGCUGUAUGAUAAUUUUGUAUUGUUUAUAUACGCUGCAUGUUUGUGAUGAAGCCAUGUGAACUGAAACACUACAAACCCUGAAUCUGAGCGGCUCAUACUCACCCCAAAUCACUGGAAUUAAAGGGUUAUU